AUGACAAUUAUCAUUCACAUCCUCAUCUGGGUCGAAGACAAGUCCGAGUCGACAAAGGCCGGGUGCCAAAAGACUGGAACUAUGCUCUUUCUUUCGACUGGGCUACAAUCAAGCCUGGUAAACUCGGACUUACCCCCCACCCCUUCCUCCCCCAGCCUUGCUGACGCUCUUGCAGAAUACCACCUGUGUCAAUCUGGCACACAUCAAUCGCCCAUCAACAUUGUCGAAAAGGAACUUUCUCAACAUCACAAGCCUACCUUUGAGGGGUACGCAAAGGAUAUCACUAUUCCAGGCAACUUCUUCAACUGGGAAUUCGCGCCAGCCUGGACACCUCAUCACCCGGAAGGAGUGGUCACCGCACUCCCUAGCAUGAAAUUCGAUGACCAGGAGGUUUACAUGAUUGGAUGGCACAUCCACGCCCCUUCCGAACACCUGAUCGCGGGCAAGCGGAGCCGUGCGGAAAUCCAUCUCGUUCAUGUCACCGAGGAAGAGCACGAAGCUGCUGUCAUUGGCAUUCGGGUAGCCGUGGGUGAUAGGGAAUCCGCAUUUUUCAAGCAGCUUGGUCCGAUGAUCCAUUACAAUGACACGGCGCAGCUCGAGGGCUUGCCCGUCAAUAUGCGUCUUGCUAUCGAUGAGGUCGGCGGUGUCGAAGAGUUUUGGACUUACAAGGGCAGCUUAACCACGCCGCCUUGUAGCGAGGGUUUGCGAUGGUUCCUCCCCAAGCAGGAGCUGAUUGUUAGUGAGCAGCAGAUGGUUGAGAUCCUGGCUGCCAGUCGAUUCUCCCAUCGAGUCGAGCAACAGGUCUGGCUUCAUGACGUCAACCUGUGA